GCGUGUGGUCUGUGGCGAUGGCGGGCGGUGAUUCAGGCCCUUAUCUGCGGUGAAAUAUUUUUUCAAAAAAUCAGUAAUCCCAAUAAAAUGAAGUGUCGUUGAUCCCAAGGAGGCAUACGGGGGCGCGUCUAGUGCCGGUACACCAAUAUCCAUGAUAAAUAAAACCGAGGAUACCUUAAAUACACGGGAAAAGCUUAUCCUGUAUUAUUUUUUAUCGCGGGGUGGCUAUUGCUAGAUCGUCGCUCGUCGUGCGUGAAUCACGCUUUGGGGUCUCUCCGGAUGGCCAAUAUCCGUCCUCGCACUUAUUACACCCGAAAUAUCAGCCGUUUCAUCUGACGAAUUUUCCCAGUUCCCUCCCACAGAUUAACGCCAGAACAUAUUCGUGCAAGCCUCCUACUUGGCCAAUAUUGCUCCAUCUGUAAACCGCUGUCUUUUGAAAGCUCCGCUCGGGGGGGAAUGUUCCUAAACACCGUUCUGUCACAACCACAACGAAAGUAGUGGGCAUGCUUGUUUCACUGAACUAGACACUUCACACUCUGGUCAACCUCAAGAUAAUAAAUGCAUUCACAUCACGAUUAUCAUUAAUGAUUCUACAUUCUAUCAGUGAGUGAUUGAGGACUAAAAACGGAGGAAAGAUCAGAAACAACCGAAGACUACGAGUACCAUCAUGUCUGAUGAAGAAGACAAACCUCCAGCACCACCGGUUCGCCUCACUUCGAACAGACUUGAUUACAGAGGUGAAUCUACGCCAAAUCUACCAGUGGACAUGCGACCUCUGCCAAAAGAGCCAGAUUCAGAUGAACGUAAGAAAAAGACCUUAAAGGGCAAAAUGAAGGUUAAGGAUGGAAAAGACAAACCAAAUAUUAGUUAUCCAACUAAUUUUGAACACACGGUUCACGUUGGGUUCGAUGCAGUUACGGGAGAAUUCACGCUGCCAUUGAAAGGAAUGCCAGAAGCAUGGGCGAGGCUCCUGAUGUCCAGCAAUAUAAGCAAGCAGGAACAGAAGAAAAACCCCCAGGCGGUUUUGGACGUUCUGAAUUGGUAUGACAACAGUAGCAAAGAGGCGAAAGGGUCAAAAUAUAUGACAACAACCAAAAUGGUUGGGGUUGUCGCGCCGAUCGAACGGGCCAGCAGUCCACGAAGUAUGGGUAUGGGAACUGGUAUCAGUAUGGGGACGGUUCGUGGUCAGGCCAUGUCUCAAGUAUCUGGAAGUUCUCAUUCACAACAUUCGCUAAGCAGGGUAAGUAGUAGCAGUCCAAGCAGUACACCCACGGAUGCUUGUGCAACCAGUUCUGAGCAAGAAGAUGAACCACCUCCACCGCCAAUUACUGCUAGACCUGAACGUACCAAGUCUAUCUAUACAAAACCAAUUGAAGAAGAGCCACCUCUGCCUAUCCCCACGUCAUUGGGAUCGCCACAACGAAAUGGGACGCAGCAACAGCAACCAUCUCAGCUUGAUAGAAAUAAAAAUCAAGCUACGCCUACUUCUGCUACUACAGAUCAAUCGAGACCUACUCAGAGUGAUAAAGCUAGAAAGAAGAAAAUGUCGGAUGACGAGAUACUGGAGAAACUCAGAACCAUUGUCAGUGUCGGUGAUCCAAAUAGAAAAUAUACAAAAAUGGAGAAAAUCGGGCAAGGAGCUUCGGGAACGGUGUACACUGCGAUUGAAACGUCAACGGGUAUGGAGGUAGCGAUAAAGCAAAUGAACCUUUCUCAACAGCCUAAGAAAGAGUUGAUAAUAAACGAGAUCCUCGUAAUGCGGGAGAACAAACAUGCGAACGUCGUUAAUUACCUAGACAGUUACCUAGUCGGUGAAGAAUUGUGGGUAGUUAUGGAAUAUUUACCUGGUGGCAGUUUAACUGAUGUUGUAACAGAGACAUGUAUGGACGAGGGUCAGAUAGCUGCCGUUUGUAGAGAAGUGCUUCAAGCUUUGGAAUUUCUUCAUUGCAAUCAAGUGAUACACAGGGACAUUAAGUCCGACAAUAUUUUACUCGGAUUAGAUGGAGGGGUAAAACUUACAGAUUUUGGAUUCUGUGCUCAAAUAUCACCCGAACAGAGUAAAAGGACCACAAUGGUGGGCACUCCUUAUUGGAUGGCCCCUGAAGUUGUCACUCGUAAACAAUAUGGGCCUAAGGUGGAUAUUUGGUCUUUGGGUAUAAUGGCUAUUGAAAUGAUAGAGGGUGAACCUCCUUAUUUGAAUGAAAAUCCUUUGAGAGCAUUAUACUUAAUAGCAACUAACGGAAAGCCAGAAAUUAAGGAGAAAGAGAAACUUUCUGGCAUAUUCCAAGACUUCCUGGAUCAAUGUCUGGAGGUUGAAGUAGAAAAACGUUCCUCUGCCUCGGAGCUUUUGAAGCACCCUUUUUUGAAGUUGGCGAGGCCACUCGCAUCUUUAACACCGUUAAUUAUGGCAGCGAAAGAAGCAGCUAAAGGUCACUGAGUGAAUGAUAAGUGAAAGUGUUACGACUGGACAUUCGAAAACUAAUUAAUCUAGGGAUGAAACGGCCUCAGCGGAAAGAGAAUUUUAAUCACCCUCCCAAAACGGUAACGGCACAAUAAUUCAAUAAUAUAUUAAUAAUUAAUAAAUUACUUAUAUAGCUAGAUAGAAGUUAUUUGAUACCGCACAGUAUCGAGUAUUGAUUUGGAUUUGUCAAAAUAUUCCAAUUCUAAAACUCAAGUUCAGUCAACUUUAAAACCAGAUCCAAACAUAGCAAAAAAUUUUUUUAAAAAAGGCGUGCAAGUAGUGUAACAUCUUUGAUAUAAAAAUUAUUUAAAUCGCUCGGAAGAUGGUAGUGAAAAAGCCAAGCUACCAGCACGUUUCAUAAUGAUGUAAUCGUUGAUUUAUUUUUGUCCGAACACUGAAAUUUUACUUGUCAUGAAUUCAAAACGUCCAGCUUCAACAGCGAUAAAAGUUAAGCUGGUUAAUUACAGGUAACACACCUUGUCAUAGCAAGGCUAAAUCUAUUAACGCUAUUAAAAAAUAAAGAAUGAAAGAAAAAGGAAAGUUAAACUCGGUUAUUUUGUAACGAUAUAACAUAUAAAGUUUGGAACUAGUAUUAUUAUUCAGUUGUAGAAGUUGAAGCUAAACUAGCUAGGGAAACACAUUACUCGUAGUAAACCUUACUGAUAUUUGUAAGCAAACGUAAAAAUUAAUUUAGUCUACAUACAAAAUAAACGAUGAAUAGUAAACAAAAAACAAAAAAUGCGUAUGUUACAACUAUAUUACUAUUCGGUAAAAUGAAGAAAAAUGUAGCAACUAAAGUAAAACAAGAGAGAAAAAGAAAAUUAUUAAGAAUAAGGAACAAAUGGUCUUUGCGUUGGACUUAUAUUUUUCAAGCGAGGUGAACGAAAUUGAAUGAGUCGUAAUAGUGUUUUCUUGAUUUUUACAAUCUUGACGAUCCAUACAAUAGUGUCCUAUGUCAGCAGCCUUCACGUUGUAUUUAUUUUAUUUUACUUUUUUUGUUAUCUUAAUUUGUUAGCAUUCAUUUAUUAUGUUCUAAAAUAUCCUGAUGCAGCGGUGAAAGUAUUCAUAUGUACGUAUAUAGAUUAGAGAAGUUUUUUUCCUCCCAAGAUUAUCGGAAUGCUUAUUAUUGAAUCUUUGGCAUUUAUGCAUAUACCAGAUAAUGCAAUCAAUUAAUUUUAUGCUUGAAAAAUGAUUAAAAAAAAAGAAAACACAUAAAUUAAAAUUCAUUAAUUCAGGACAUUUGGUGAAAUAUUACAGCUCUGUAACGAUGUUGUAUUCGCAUUAACACAAUCAAGGCACGUUAGAACAUAAUUUUAUAACUUGAUACAUUUUCACUACCUUUUUCCAUUGAAAGCUGUGAAAGUUUGCGCCAAAGAUGUCAUUUUCCUUUUUCGAUCUAAGUUUGGUGAAUAAUAAUUUUAAUAGAAAAUACACGAGCAGCUAGCCUAACAUCGGGCACCUUGUUUUCGAUCAACUAUCCCUACCAUACGAUUAGUCCUAACGUGCCUUGUAAUUGAAGAAAAUCGACCAGACGAAAAGAAAAUACCAAAAUUUUACUGAAGCAGUUCGAAAGUAGAAAAAAAAAAUUAAGAGAAGAAAAAAAAUACAUUUUUUGACACUAAAAAGUGCCUGUCAUGUCGAGUCUAGAGACACAUACCUAAUAUGAGAAAUAUCUGUGCAGAGUUUCUUAGCCAUCUUUGAAUCAUUGUACCAAUUGAUAUAAAAACAGUGGUUUAAAAAUGUCAGAAAUAAAAAAUGCAUAGAGUCGCUGAUAAUGAUCUAGGACAAGGUUUCUGCAUGAGUAUAUUAAUUAUAAUUUAGUAUAAGUACAGUAUGCUUGUCUAUAUUGUCGAAAAAAGCAAACAAAAAGAAAAACAAAUAGAGAAAAACAAAAAACAUUAAUCAUACAGGAAACCUUGAUAUUUAGUUUAGAAUGUCUAGUUUUACAUAGGGUCGUGUAAUUGGAGAAAAACAAAAAAAGAAAAACAAAAAAAAAACUUAUGAAUUAUUUCACUUUGUAUCGUGUAACGUAAAGUAAAAAAAAAAGUGGAAAACAAUUAUGUGGGAGUGUGAGAUAACAGUUAUCGAGAAUAAUAAUAACAA